AGCAGCUCGUCGCGUUACGCCGCCGAUUCCGCCACGACCAACGCCAACAAGGAGCGGCUGUUGCAGAUGAGAGCUGUGCGCCACAAGAACGCGAGUGCGGCUGCCACCAAAACGACGGAGGGCUCGUCGCCCUCUACUACUACGACCAGCGACUGCAUGUCUCCGAAGUCGAAGAAGUCGCCGCCGCUUAUCAUGCCGCCGUCGUCCAUUACUGUCAGCAAGGUGAACACCUCCGAAAAGCGGAAGCUGGACAUGCAGAAGUUGAAUAAGUGCGGGUCCGAGAACAAGCGACCUUCGCUCGAAAUUAUGUUGGUGAACGCACCUACCUCCACGCAAAGCGGGAGCAGCGGCACCAACAAGUCUUCUUCCGUAGGAAACAAAGUGGGGACGUCCGUCACCAUCAAGACGAGCGGAAACAAUAAUUCCGGCGACUCAGAGUCGUCGAAAAAGAAUUCGUCGCAAAACGACAAUAAGAACUCUCGUCCCAUGCCAUCCACAAUCCCGGUAAUGCGAAUAAAAAAGCCUUCGGGAUCGAACAUGCGAUCUCCGACGGGCCUGCCGACGGGUCUCCGAGCGCCUUCGGGCCUCACCAUCACCCCCGCCGUGGUUCCUUCCAACAAGACGAACGACUCCAGUGGCAACGGUGGCCAUUCCAAAGUCGACUCUCCGCGCGCCAGCACUCCGAAAGACGCGGAGUCUUCGAAGGAUAACAACACUGGGAAUGCGACGAGCAAGGAUUCGUCGGAAGCGGCAGCGGCGUCGGACGACCACCACAUGAAACACGACGACAUCGGCGCGCUGGACCUGUCGGGCAAGUCGUCGCGCUCGAAAGACAGCAGCCCGCAGUCGUCGCCGGAGAUGAAGUCGCCGUCGCCGGGCGCGUGCCCGUCGCCCGCCAAGCCCACCAGCAGCAGCACGGCGUCGUCCACGGCGGCCGGCG